AUGAUUGUCGCCAUCUUGGUUAGCUUCGUUCAUUGUGCAACGCUUCCUUCGACGGAUAAUGUAAAUCCAAUACAGAAUAUUGAAAGCUUUGAUCAGCUUAUAAAGGAUUAUUAUGGUUGUGAUGCAGUGAUACAGAGCUGUGGUAAUAAGGGCGGAUGUUGCGAUGUUCACGACGCCUGCUACAAAAGACACGGUUGUACAGCUUCCAGCUGGUUCCUUUUAUGGGGUAAUUGUGCUGCAUGCAACAGAGAUGUCAUGGGUUGUGUUGCCUUCAGAAAUCCGGGUAAAAGCAGCUGUUGUUCAGCAGGAAACUGUGGUCAAACUCGACCAUAA